AUGGAAAGAAAGAUACUGCUACUUCGCCUCUUUCUUGGACCGCCGGCGCGAACACAGUGGUCGGGGUGGCUGGUGGUUUCGGGAUCCCGUAGAAAUGCUUCUUUUAUGCCUCGGGUAUUAGCCACAGCUCGUAUUCAUUCAGUAAUUCUACCCCUUCUUCAUUCUUGCACCUCGUUUCUUAAUAUUGUGACUCUUCUAUGCUGUGUCUUAGGAACCUUUUCAAUACGGUCCGGAUUGCUAGCUUCCGUUCAUAGUUUUGCUACAGAUGAUACACGAGGAAUCUUUUUAUGGCGGUUCUUCCUUAUAAUGACCGGCAUAUCUAUGAUUCUUUUCUCCCAGAUGAAGCAGCAGGCAUCGGUCCUUAGAACCUAUCAAAAAGAGAUGGUUGUGGCGCGAAGUACUCUUGUGCACCUACGUCACUCGCCUCUACAACUACCGUCGCCGCCUCUAAAGCUAGAGUAUAUCUAAAGUGCGCUUCUCCUGGAUUGCUUUGGAGAUUUAGAAUCAAAUAAAUGUUCUUUUUCCCCGUUGGUCAACAACCAACAAAAGUCAGUUCUUCACUACUCCGGAGUGAAAAUUCAGUCUCUCCUUUUUGGGGGAGCGGAGCAGUCAAAGAAUGAACCAAAAAAAAAUGAUUCUUCUAGAAUGCUUAUUCCUCACAAUGGCUCCUGUGGAGACAUUACAAUGGCAAUUAGGAUCUCAGGACAUGGUAACACCUUUGAUAAUGGAAUUACCUCAGGAGCGAAAGUGUAUUUGUCUUUCUCUGGUUCUCUCUUUCUUUGUGCCUUCCUGUCUUACUUUAUGGAACUGGGGGUUCUACUAUUUUCUUUCCAAAAACGCAUGGAAAUGGAACGACUAUCGAGCUUCUUGGGACCAUAUUUACUCGUAUCUUUCUGGUGCUGAUGCUAAUACUAAAUUCCCAUGAAGUAGCUCACUGCGCCGGCGCCGGGGAAGCUUCAAGAUCUCAUUGACCUCUGGUUGACGAAGAAGAGGCUCUUUCGGGCAGCCAUCUCCUACGGGUUCAUGAGCAGCAACGAAGUUAGUCUCCCCUCCAUACCAUUCAUACCAUUAGGGAAUUCUCUUUCAAGCAGGCAAGUAGUCCACAGCUGGUGAGGGCCAGUCUUCCACCUUGGGGAUUACACCCAAAAGCCUCAGCAAUUGCAGUUCCUUCUAACUAUUCUAUUUCUAUCUUUCUCACGUCUUUAAAGUCCUUCCCCAUAGCGAUCAUGCCCCACUCCGGCUAUUCUUCUUUUAUUUUAGGAAUAACGAGGAAUGGAAUGUGCUUUCCAAUGCGUGUGUGGUAAGCAUGAGCCUUACCAUGGAUAGGUGAUUCUUUCCGCAAGUUGAAAACCUUCAAAGAGUUGGAACGAUUCCCGCGCUGAUUAUUCGACUCACCCACUUCCUUUAUUUCUUUUUUCUGUGGCAAGGCAGACAGCCACAGAUCAAGUUCCGUAAAUAGAGAAUCGGGCUUCGUGCCACUACUAUUUGUUCGACUACUUGACGCGAUCGGUCCAUUACGUUGUUCCAACAGUAAGUACCCGCUUUGAACUGGUCACGGCUUCUUCCUUUCGAGCCACGUACGCCCCUGGUCUUCUCCUUCCUCUUUCAACGACAUUUCGACCUGGUUCUCCACCAUUUGAAAAACAAGGCUGAAAGGGUCACAAGAAGAAGGAGACUUGGGGGCGGAUGUCUCCCAAGCGCCUCGAAUCAAUGGUAAAGUAUCCUAGAAGUCUUUCUUUCAUACGGCGGUUAUCCGGCAAUUAAUUGUCCGAAAAAAGAGAGACUUCAGUCGGAUAGUUCUUGCAUUCUUCACUCGCUCUGGCCAUCAGUCUGUGGGUGGUUCAGAAGGUUUGGGAAAAUCUUCCUAUUUCGAGAGCCGAUAUGACUAGGAUUUUUAUGUAGAUAUGUAAGGCUUUCCUCUCUCUUCCAGGAUCCCUCUCGCUGUGAUGCUGCUUCCCGAGGACUUUCCAUUUCACCGGGAUUCUCGUCUCAAGGUCAUUUCCGCCUAUAAACGACUAUCUACUCAAAGGAUGAAAGAAGAAAUCCCUCGAAGAGGCAGGGUUCGGGCUGCCAAACCUUUCUACGAUGCUUGGGGGAAAGAUCUUUCUAUCCCAGUGAGAGCCCAUUUGUCUACUAGUUGGAUCUCGAAAUGUCCCACUUUGAUACGACCGGGAAAUCUCUCCUCCAUCCUGUCCUUACCAUCUUUCGGUAGCAGCAUCCGGAGCAAGAACUGGUAGUCCCCCAUGGUCCAGGGGCCUUCGUUCCCUCUUAAGUAGAUAGGCUGGUCUAUUUCGCCUUCGCUACGACCAGGAAGCUUUGACGGAAGUCCCAUAUCUGAGUCGCCGGAGAUGCAAGUCUCCCAUUGGUUCGAAGAAAACCAUUCAAAUGAAGUGGGCGGGAUCGCUAGCACGAAAGGAGAAGUUGCGGGAUUCUUUCAUCGAUAAGGAGAUUGACAGCCAUACCCCUCUACCUAUCCCCCGGGUUAAGGCUUUCACUUGAGAUUCUCCCGUUUGCCAGGAGGAAGGGCGGGAUCUUUCAUCGAUAGCUAUUCAUUUGAGUCUUCGGGUAGCAUUGCUUUGCUUGGCAUCGGUCUAUCGUAGUCCCCAUGGCACCGCUAGAUAAGAGGUUAGAAUCUAAAUCAUGACAGUAGCGGAAGUAGACACCAAAAGGAAAUUCCAAGCAAGGGUCAAAGGCACUCGGGGCUGGCAACUAACCCCUCCGCGGAGGGUCGGGCGAUUAAAGAAUGCAACUCCUGGGCUUCCGGGGCUAGGAUAGGACUACUAUGUCCACCCAAAAGCUCUCAUUCUCGGCCAAGUCCGAAAGCAAUGCACGAAAAGGCUCACGAAGGCUUUCCCCGAUGCACAGACGAGAGCAACUCCCUAAUUUGGACUGAAUAGCCAAUGUCUUUAGUAAUUCACUCAUUCAAGCCGCUUCUUUUCUUCCAAAAUAGAGAAAACUCCGUACCCCGAUCUAGGCUUCCAAACAACUCUUCCCGGAUACACAUAUCGUAACGAAUGGCAGAAAGAGAAGGCGAAAGGGCUCGCCCUCGAAUCAAAGGGCGAAAUGAGAGCUAUGGCAGGUAUAACGGGUUAAGCGGGCGACUUUUAGUCUAAUUCCCUCAUGGCCGGGUACAGCUUCAGACAGCUCACUGGCUAAAUCGUAUAAGAGGGCAUUUCGAGGAAUAAGUCCUGUCGAGAAUAAGUAUUACUUGCUUUGGGACUUCGAUUGUCUAUCUAUCGCUUAAGACAGAAUGUUCGGAUGUCGGCCCCUACUUGUUAAGUAAGGCGAGAGUCAAGCCUUUCCUUUCGAUCCUGGCCCUGUAGGAGCUGCUUCAAAGCCCGAGUCAAAGGAGGUGGUGACCAAGUGAAGACGUUCAUCGCCUUACUACCAUGGUAUCUCAGGAACUUCUUUUUCUUUCGUGGCUAGGGGGCUUUAGGUCAUGCAACGGCCUCAGUCAGGGACUUUCGAACCAUUUUAGGAGUGAUCGGCACCAUUGGUUAUACUAUAGUUGAUUGAUGCAAAUCCUAAUCCCAUUCUGUGAAAACUUUGAGUGCGAUCGGGAAGGAAUAAGGCCCGAAAUGCCCACUUCGAAAGAAAAGGCAGUCUUUAAGUGAAUACACCGGGUACUGCCUUGAAUUGCUAAAAGAGAAGCGAACCGGCUAGCGCCCAGAAGAGAUGUGUACUGGCCUGGCCCAAGUGAAAGGCCAGCCGAACCUAAGUGUCAAAAAGGGAGGGCGAUUGCUUUCUUUUCCUCCUUGUCCUUUGUGAACCCGAAAGCGACUCUUUUUUGCCUAUACCGGACCCCAGCUCCACGAAACUUUAAAGAUAGGCUGAACCUUGAGCGAGUGAACCAGGUGGUUGAAGACCAUACAACGAAUGAGAAAAUCCCUCCUAUUUGUCUGUGCACCUAAGUUUGGUCAAAUCUUCAAGUGUCGGGGUAAUUUUAUUAGUAAUUUGGUGACGAAGGAAAUCUAGAUCGCGUCUAUGAAGUGAAAUCCGGCUUGCGAGCUUAAGAGCCAAAGGAGCCUCCGUUUGAAGGUGGCCCGCUUCUUAGCGAAAUGGACUUGCUACCCCCAGUCUUCGGAGCUUUACGGAAAGACAUGAUAUGAUGGAGAUAGAUCCUUCGAUCGCGCAGCCAGAGGACUUGACUAAGAGAAUCUUGCUAUCCAAAAGCUAUGACUUGAGACUGAUCGUCACGAAGAACGAGGGUUCCCCACGGGAGACUGGCCAGGCCCUUCUCUUUGGGCUCUUGGGAAACAGUCUCAUCUGGUGGAUCUAGGAAUUAGCAAAAAAAAAGUACAAAAUAGGGACUUAGCGGCAAGAACUCCUUUUUUCCAUGAGCUUUGCCUGCUUUAGGUCAUUAGUGUCUCGUCAACUGGAUGGGAUAUUCCGCCUUAGGGCCUUGAAGUGGAAGAAGCCCCGGCUGACUAAGCCAAUGAAGAGAGAAUCAGACAGCGUACUGAAAUAGGAUGUGAAAGGUGAAAGCCUUCCCCAGGAUCUUCCAAACUCUUUUAGAAAGCUAGCGCCAUCUAUCUGUAAGCAAAACCUCCCUUUUUUGAUCCUUCCGCCAAGCGUAGCCGAUCCCUAAAGGUUGCUUCUCACUCUCCUGGUUCUAUCUUUCUUCAAAACCGUCUACGAGGAUAUAAUCCCUUGGCCUUCCUUUUCAUUGACCGAGGCCUUUUUCUCCUUUUCUUAGUGGAAUGGGCUUGUUCCGAUCGAUGAAGAAAAAAGGAAAGAGGAGCUUGACUCGCAUACAUUUUUUUAGCUAUUUAGGCCUUCUUGUUCGGAGACAUUCAACCAUCCAAUCCCAAUCGAGGAAAGGUAGGAGGCCAACUCGAGGUCUCAAAGCAGCUGACGAUCCUCUGAAAGGAGAGAAUGCGGGAGACAGAAUGAUGUCGGCACUGAAGGCCAGCACAAGAGGUCAGACUAAACAACUCAUUCGACGCGUCGGGGGUACUCGACCUGUGCAACAUCCAGGAGGGAUGGUCAACAAGAAAAGAUUUUCUUCCGCUUAGGGGGGAUAAGGCAAAGACCUCAAACUCCGGGAAUCUUCCAUAAUUAUUCCCUGCCUGAUUUUUCUGAGCCUCGUUCAGUUCGUUCCGCUUUAAAUAGUCCUUAUUGCUAUGCGCCCAUGAAAGAAAUAGUGCAUUUCAUCACAAUGAAAGAUGGGAUCUUGUUCCUAGAGACCCAGAAAUUAAUGUUGUUGGUUUGAAGUGGGUCUUUAAAACCAAGCUAAAGGUAGAUGGGUCGGUUGGACGGUUUAAGGCAAGACUAGUUGCAAAAGGCUACAACCAACUGGAAGGUAUUGAUUUCAAUGAAACCUUUAGUCUGCUUAAACAACCUACUACUAUUCGCCUUGUUCUUGCGUUGGCUGUUAUGAACAAGUGGUCUGUAAGACAGCUGGAUGUCAAAAAUGCUUUUCUGCAUGGUUAUCUUAAGGAGACAGUUUUCAUGGAGCAAUCUCCAGGCUUUGUCAGCACGGAUCAUCUUGAGUAUGUUUGCCGCCUCAAGCGAGCACUUUAUGGCCUUAAACAAGCACCCAACCUAGUAAAGGGGCUCGAAAGCUUAUUAGUAGUGGCUAGCGCGCCCUGUAGUUUUCUCGCUGAAUGAAAAUGCUUUUGAAAGUGGUCACGGAGACGAUGUCAGGUCCAGGAAAAACCAUAAAGUCAUCCGCGAAAAGAGCAUGGGAUAUGGUUGUAGUGCCUUCCUUGAAGGGAGUCUUGAUGAGGCCAAGAUGAAGAGCAUGAUCCAGGAGAAUACUGAGGGUUUCCAUAGUGUUGUUAGGAAAAAAAGAGUUGGCUCUGAUCAAGACCUUGUCUAAUGCCACAAGAACUAUUGAAAUAACCUUUAGGCGAGCCAUUGAUGAGAAUGGAGAAUCUGGGAGUGGAGAUGCAAGCAUAGAUCCAUCUAAUAAAGGUAGGUGGGAAAUUCAUGCCUUCAAGAGAUUUCCUGAUUCCAUCCCAAUGUUGAUUGCCAAAAGCCUUACGCAAACGCAAGUCAACCUUGAUACAAAGCUUCUCUUUCCCAUUGUUUAGAUCAACAUUUUUCAUAAGCAUAAGAUCAAACCAAAGCAUGAUGUUCUCAGAGAUGCUUCGACCCGGAAUAAACGCAGUCUGGGCAGGGUGCUUUGGUUGGGUUUGAACUUAACACGACUUUCUGGAUCUCUUCAUCAGUGAUCGCUUUUUGCAGGAACUCUGCUUGCUCUUGCGAUAGUUUUCUGGGAAAGGAGGCGGCGAAAAGACCCAGUGCUUCUACUGGCUUGGUUGAGGUAAUGGAAAUUACCCUAUUUGUUUGAUGAGAAAUGCGAAACGAAAAUAUAAAAAAAAAAAAAAUAAAAAGAAGAAUCCCCGUUGGGAAUGAAAUUCGGC